AUGGAGGCAUCAAUGAAUAACUCUCCAUCAGUGACGGACUUGUAUGAGAUGGGUAUGAGUACACCCCCCAGCUAUGUAUUCCAGCGGACAAAGAGAAGCAUAGAUGGAAUUGAUGACUCGAUAAUUAAACAGCUUGAGGAGUUUAAAGAAGAGAUAAGAAAAAUGUUGUGUCACUACUCAGAAAAACAAGAAAAAGAGAUGCAAUAUAUGACCACUACUUUAAAAGAAAUCCAACAGUCUAAUAUUUCUAUUGAGAACUCGAUCGCAUAUCUUACGGCUCAAAAUCAAGAACUUAAAGCAAAAGUAUAUCAACUAGAAAAUCAGUCCAAAGAAGAGAAAAAGUACAUCAAAUUAUUAGAAGAUAAAAUUGAAACGAUUCAGAUGAGUAACCAAAAGCGCAACUUUGUUAUCAAGAACGUGCCUAAAAGAACCAAUGAGACCAAAGAAGACCUAAUUGAAAUGACUCUGUGUCUCGCUAAGAACAUUGACUGUCCGAUCACCAAACAUGACAUAAAAGACAUAUAUAGGGCUCAUGGCAAACUUAAUACACCGAUAAUUGUGGAAACUGGUUCGACACUAAUCCAGAAAGAGGUAAUAAAAAUGGGGAAUACUUACGACGCCUUACGAUGCAACUUAUUUCCAUUGACCUGUCUUCCUGAUAAUGUUUGCACCUUGUUAUUAGAUGUUCAAAAUGAAAAUAUACCAGCUCAUAUCAACUGCAACACGUUUAAAUUUACUGAA